CCCAAAAUGCCAAACCGCCUGUCAAAGUGGCUGCUGUUGUCGCAAUGGUGGCGACGGCGAGACAUUGAAUGACUUUGGCUCAAUCCCGAAAAUAGCCGGCGAAUCGGUCUUGUUGCUGAUAAAACCGACGGCAUGGAGGCGCUAAUUCCUGUGAUAAACAAGCUCCAGGAUGUGUUCAACACAGUGGGGUCGGAUAUUAUCCAGCUGCCGCAGAUAGCCGUGGUGGGGACGCAGAGCAGUGGAAAGAGUUCUGUCCUGGAGAGCCUGGUGGGCAGAGACCUGCUCCCCCGUGGCACUGGCAUCGUCACCAGGCGUCCUCUCAUCCUCCAGCUGGUCCACGUCGAUCCUGGAGAUGCCCGUAAAAAUGACGACUGCGGCAGAGAAGGUGAAGAGUGGGGGAAGUUUCUACACACCAAAGCUAUGAUUUACACCGAUUUUGAUGACAUUAGGCAAGAAAUAGAAACAGAAACAGAGCGAGUGUCAGGGAAUAAUAAGGGCAUCAGUGAUGAACCCAUUCAUCUGAAGAUAUUUUCUCCUCACGUUGUCAACCUCACCCUAGUGGACUUGCCUGGUAUCACCAAGGUGCCUGUGGGCGAUCAGCCCAAAGACAUCGAGAUCCAGAUCAGAGAUCUCAUCCUGAAGCACAUCUCCAACCCCAACUGCAUCAUUCUCGCCGUCACCGCCGCCAACACCGACAUGGCCACGUCAGAAGCCCUCAAGGUGGCGCGGGAGGUGGACCCCGAUGGCAGAAGGACGCUGGCCGUAGUGACCAAACUAGACCUGAUGGACGCCGGUACUGAUGCGAUGGAUGUGUUGAUGGGCCGAGUCAUUCCUGUCAAACUGGGACUUAUCGGCGUAGUCAACAGGAGCCAGUUGGACAUCAAUAAUAAGAAGCCGGUCGCUGAUGCAAUCCGUGAUGAACACGCUUUCCUGCAGAAGAAAUAUCCGUCCUUGGCUAACAGGAACGGUACAAAAUACCUGGCCAGGACCCUCAACAGACUACUGAUGCAUCACAUCCGCGACUGUCUGCCGGAGCUCAAGACACGGAUCAACGUCCUGGCCGCUCAGUACCAGUCCCUGCUCAGCAGCUACGGCGAACCCGUGGAGGAUCAGAGCGCCACCUUGCUCCAGCUCAUCACCAAGUUUGCCACGGAGUACUGCAACACCAUCGAGGGCACGGCCAAAUACAUCGAGACUGCAGAGCUGUGCGGAGGAGCCCGAAUAUGUUACAUAUUCCAUGAGACUUUUGGUAGAACUUUGGAGUGUGUGGACCCCCUAGGAGGCCUCAGUACCAUCGAUAUCCUAACAGCCAUAAGGAACGCAACCGGUCCUCGCCCGUCUCUGUUUGUGCCCGAGAUCUCCUUCGAGCUCCUCGUGAAGAAGCAGGUGAAACGCCUGGAGGAGCCCAGUCUGCGCUGCGUGGAGCUGGUCCACGAGGAAAUGCAGAGGAUCAUCCAGCACUGCAGCAACUACAGCACGCAGGAGCUGCAGAGAUUCCCCAAACUCCACGAGGCCAUCGUGGAAGUGGUCACCUCCCUCCUGAGGAAGAGACUGCCCAUCACCAAUGAGAUGGUCCACAACUUGGUUGCCAUAGAGCUGGCCUACAUCAACACGAAGCACCCAGACUUCGCAGACGCCUGCGGGGUCAUGAACAACAACAUCGAGGAGCAAAGAAGAAACCGGAUGAGAGAGCUGCCCUCUGCUGUGCCGAGAGAUAAGGCGCCAGCUGCAGGGCCUCAAGGCGAGCAGGAUGUCACAGGCGCCUGGAGAGGGAUGCUCAAGAAGGGAGAAGAAGGUCCAGGUCCAGGUUCAGGUCCAGGAAGUCCCCUUAAAGGAGCCGUCAACCUGCUGGAUCCGGUGCCGGUCGCCAGGAAGCUGUCGUCACGUGAGCAGCGGGACUGUGAGGUCAUCGAACGUCUCAUCAAGUCUUACUUCCUGAUUGUGCGCAAGAACAUCCAAGACAGUGUGCCCAAGGCGGUGAUGCACUUCCUGGUCAACCACGUGAAGGACAGUCUCCAGAGCGAGCUGGUGGGCCAGCUCUAUAAGUCGGGCCUCCUCAACGACCUGCUGACCGAGUCGGAGGACAUGGCCCAGCGGCGGAAGGAAGCGGCGGACAUGCUCCAGGCGUUGCAGAAGGCCAGUCAGGUGAUCGCUGAGAUCCGAGAAACUCACAUGUGGUGAAGUGGGACACAACACAGCACUGGACUCACAAGUACAUCAUCAGCACGCACUUGUUAAUGCCCUCAUAUUCAGCAUUAUAACAUUAUUAUGAUAAGGAACAAAUAGUCCUCUCCUCCAUUUAGGAGUUGCAGUCUCACAUGUUUGCACUGAUGUCGCUCCACUGUAAAUAUUUAUUUAUACGUGCUUGCAGUUUGCCUUUGUUUACAAGUGUAAUGUUUAGCAUUUGGUGUUUCGCUCAUCAGGUCCUUAAGGCUCCGGUCUUGUUGCUUAUUGGCUACUGCUGCACUUUUUAUUUCCAGAAGCUCUUUUGGUCCAUCAAAACUCUUCUGGACUUAAUGCGGUUUUGCCUCAUUAUGUACAAUAUGGCGACCACGCUCACAGCAGCUGCAUCAAGUCAAGAAGAUAUUUGAUGGAUUUAAGGGCCCAGAGUUGUACUGUACAUUGUUUAAAAGCAUCCUGUUACAGUAGGUACAUGUUACAUUAUAAUGCAACAAUAAAUAAGCCUUUCAUUUUUCUA